UACAAAGAACUUCCAACCUAGCUUGACAUAUGGACGAUCCUUUAAACCCAUGAACGUGCACGAUUACCUCAGGCCCAAGACUGUCUGGCCAAUCCUGACUAAAGGGGGCGGUAUUUUCACCAACAAGUUAGAUAGAGAGCGAGAGGGAGAAUUGAAGAGCUGCGGUGCUGCUGCAGAGUAUAACCUACCUACACAGUUCAAUGCACAAGCAUGCAGAUCAGUCUUCUAGAGCACCAUGGAUAAAUACACACAGGUGAACAAAAUAGGAGAAGGAUCUUUUGGAAAAGCUAUUCUGGUCAAGUCAAAGCAAGAUGGCAAGCAAUAUGUUAUCAAAGAGAUCAACAUCUCGAGGAUGUCCAAUAAAGAGAGGGAGGAAUCGAGGAGAGAAGUGGCAGUUCUGGCAAACAUGAUGCAUCCUAAUAUCGUUCAGUACAAGGAAUCAUUUGAAGAAAGUGGCUGCCUGUAUAUAGCCAUGGAUUAUUGUGAAGGAGGAGAUCUCUUCAAAAGAAUAAACAUUCAAAAAGGUGUUUUAUUUUCUGAAGACCAGAUUAUGAAUUGGUUUGUACAACUUUGUCUGGCCUUGAAACAUGUGCAUGACCGAAAAAUUCUUCACAGAGACAUAAAAUCACAAAAUAUCUUUUUGACCAAAGAUGGGACUAUACAGUUGGGAGAUUUUGGGAUUGCAAGAGUUCUAAAUAGCACUGUGGAAUUGGCACGCACCUGUAUUGGUACACCGUAUUAUUUAUCACCUGAAAUCUGUGAAAACAAGCCUUACAAUAACAAAAGUGAUAUAUGGGCUUUGGGUUGUGUUCUGUAUGAAAUGUGCACACUAAAGCAUGCAUUUGAAGCUGGAAACAUGAAAAACUUGGUGCUUAAGAUAAUCCGUGGCUCAUACCCGCCUGUGUCUUUGCACUAUUCUUAUGACUUGCGCUACCUGAUAGCACAGCUGUUUAAAAGAAAUCCCAGGGAUAGACCUUCUGUAAACUCCAUAUUGGAGAAGCCAUUUGUAUCCCGGCGAAUUGAAAAAUUCCUUUCACCCCAGCUUAUUGCUCAGGAAUUUAGCCAUACAAUUCUUCACAGACAGCCUAAAAUGGAUGCAGCUCAGGCAACACCAGCAAAAAGGCCAGCUCAAGGACAAGCAUCCACCUCUGUAGCUCCUGCACAGAAAAUAACCAAACCAGCUGCCAAAUAUGGAGUGCCUUUAACUGUAAACAAGUCUGGGGAUGUUGCUAAAAAACCAGCUGAUAGGAAGCCCUUAAUAAAAUGCAAACAGGCCCAACCAGCACCAGUGAAGAGAGUGAGUCGUGCAGAAGAGAGGAAAAAGUAUGAGGAAGUUGUCAGAAAGAAAAGACAGGAGUUAAUGGAAAAAGACAGAAAACAGAGAGAGCAGAUGUACCUGCUGAGGGCUGGCCAAAUGAAAAGAUUUGAAAGGGAAAAGAUUAAUCGAAUUAACAGAGCCAGAGAGCAAGGAUGGCGGCAUGUUCUGAGCUCUAGUGGUGGUGGUGGUGUUGCAGGAGGAGGAGGAGGAGGAGGAGGAGGAGGAGGUGGAGGCGGCGGUGGCGGCGCUGCAGAUCAUAAGGCUCUAUUCUUUGGAGGUGGUGGAGAAAUCGCACCUGCCCCACAAGCAAACCAAGGGCAGUACGAGCACUACCAUGCUGCACUUGACAAAAUACAGCAACACAGGGGCGUGCCACCAGCUGCUGGCCCUGUGUUACCCAAUGGUCCUGCAGGACCUCAUCAGCUGCCUGAUGCAGAUGUUGUAAGAAAAGAAUUAAAAAGACUGGAACUGGUGUCUAAACAUGCAAAUGCAAACAGACAAAGAGGACAGAUAGCUGCAGAGAGGGCAAUGCAGGUGGAAGAGUUCUUGCAGCGGAAAAGAGCGGCUAUGUUAAACAAGGCCCGGGCUGAAGGACAACUGGGUGCCCUGCAAAACCUGGCAGCUAUCUAUGGAGGCAGACCUAAUUCUGCAGGAGGUGGGAAAACAAGAAACAAGGAGGAAGAGGAGUAUUUGGCUAGACUGAGGCAAUUACGGCUUCAGAAUUUCAACGAGCGUCAACAAAUUAAGGCCAGACUUCGUGGAGAAAGGUGUGACAGUGAAGGGUCAGACAGUCAGGAAUCGAAUGAUGAGACAGAAUUAAGAAGAAUAAAGAUUGAAGCACUAAAGGCCCAAGCCAAUGCUCGAGCAGCAGUACUGAAAGAGCAGCUUGAAAAGAAGAGAAGAGAAGCAUAUGAAAGGGAAAAGAAAGCCUGGGAAUAUCAUCUUGCAGCGAAGGGGUUUAAGGCCAGUCAAGUUUUGGCUUCUCCUCCAUUGGGGGGAGCAGUACCAUCUUCUGCCGGGCCUGGACAGCAGGAAGUAGCUGCUAAAACACCAACUCCAGUGAAACCCUCCACACCAGCAAUAUCCAUGACAGCUGCUCUAAAGGAUGUAGGAGCUGUAAAUACUGUAUCACAGGGAGGUCUUGCAGUGCCCAGAACGAACACAGAAGAAACUAAAAAGUCAGAUUCGUCAGUUAUUCAGAGUGAGAAACGAGAAAUACUGCGAAGGCUGAAUCAGAACCUGCAAGCCCAAGAAGAGGCAAGCAAGCCCACAGAAAACCCAAAGACUUCAGACGAGAGUAUUUCACAAACCAGUGAAGAACAGCAUGAGGAUAGAGUUCCCCCUGCAGGUGACAGGAAGAAAUGGGAAGCAGGUGCACAGCCUGUCAUUUCUGUAGCCCAGCAGACAUGGGAGGAAACCUGCUUGGUGACAGCAGACCACACUGUGGGUGAGGUUAUUAAACUAGAUGCUAUUGAAUCUCCAAGGCGUGCAUGGGGAAAGAGACCUGAUGCCAGUCUAUUAAAGGUACUGGGAGAAGCAGAACUGCAGCCACAAACCAUGCUGUUGCUCAACACAACCAUCGAUGAAAGUGAAAGCCCUAAGCCAGUGAUUGAUAAGACGCUUGCAGUCGGAGAUGUGAAUGUAGUAAAUAGCACGGAUACUGUCGUCAUUAAGAAUUCCAUAGAAAGCAAUGUAACGGAAUCAAAAGAGAAUGAACUUGAAGAAGAGAAACUCACAGCAGAACUGACCUUAACACCUGAACUCGUAACAUCUCAAGACAAAUUAGAAGAACCUGAGGAUUUGGAAACAGAGUUACUUGAGGAGGAUCAUCAAAUACACAGAAAACCUGACACGACAGAAGUUCCAGUUAGUGUUGUUCAUGCAUGGGGAAAAGGGUCAGAAGUGCCAAAGCCACAGGAGGGCAGCCUUCCCCAGGAAGAGAAGACAGCAGAGCCAGGGGGGGAGGAAGAAUCUGCCAAGCAGCCAGGAGAGGAGGAAUGUGCAGCCAAAGAGAGUGUCUUUGAGGAGAGCCCGGCACCUGAACCUUUCUUUAAGAAGGUGGCCACACCAGCACAAAGAAGGGCAGUAGCUUUAGCCAUCCUGUCGGCACAGUCUUCUCAAGAGGACUCCCUUGCAUCCCGCUCACGCUCCGUAUCUCCAGCUAAAUCCAAAGACAAGGACUCUCUGUUGAUUGGGCUGUCUACUGGACUGUUUGAUGCUAAUAAUCCAAUGAUGCUGAGAACAUGCUCCCUCCCAGAUCUUAGCAAACUGUUUAGAACAUGCGUUGAUGAUCCAAACACAGCUGAUGCACCGGAGGACAAUCUUGAAAUAGAUGAUCUAGAAGAUGAACCAGUUAAAGCUGAAGGGCAUUCCGAUUCUGAAGACACUAUGUUUGAAGAUACUGAUGAGGAUUUACAAGAGCUGCAGGCCUCCAUGGAGAGGCUGUUAAGGGAGCAGCCCAGUGAGGAGUACAGUGAGGAAGAGGAGGCAGGCUUCAACCCCAGCCCCCCGGAGGACGCAGUGGACAGGGGAGAACCCAUCACCAACGGACUGGAGGAGGAGGAAGAGGACAAGAACCACCCUAGCACUGAGAGUGAACUGAAUGAAGAAUGGCAGUCGGAUAACACUGAUGAAGAUGCUGCAAGCGAUGCUGAUGAUCAAGAAAGUAUUUUCAGUCGAUUGGAAGAGCUCAGACUCAAUUUGGAGCAGGAGAUAGGUUUUGAGAACUUCAUAGAGGCUUAUAAUAAAAUAAAGGCUAUACAUGAAGAUGAAGAUGAAAAUAUUGAUAUUGGUUCCAACAUUGUGCAGAACAUUCUGGGAAGUGAACAUCAGAACUUGUACCCCAAGAUCCUUCAUCUAGUUAUGGCUGAUGGAGCAUAUCAGGAGGACAAUGAUGAAUAGAAGCAGUUCUUCACAGUCCCAGACACCUUUGUACUAUCUGCAAGCAGUGGAUGUUUACCCAGAACUCCUCUUACGUAAGAAGAUUCUUAUGAAGGCUUUAGAUUCAGAAGCACUUUUUGGUGGCACAGACGUGUGCUUGUUGCAUGGUGAAAUUUAAAGGUCGCAGUUCAGAAUAAUGUUGUGUUUUAAACUUGGGGUCUAUUUUAAGUAUACAAACAGUGGCGGAUCGAAAUACUGCUGCCUUUUGGCUUUAUAUGAACCAUUUCAUCCACUUUUUAAUAGCAUCAGUAAAUACAUUUGAAAUAUUCUGCUGUAAUAUACAGUUUAUGAAUUUAAUGACAGUUAUAUUAAUAUCUGCCACUGUUAAGAUCAUUAAAAAGGCCCCCUUAUUUUUUUUGUUUUUUGUUGUUUUCACUUUUGCUAAGGUGCAGACCCUUAUUAUAACCUUAGUUGCAAUAUACAUUUACAAAGUAAUAUCUAACCAAAGUGUAAUUAUGGAUGGGUACUAAUACAGGCAUGUUAGCCAUAAUAUUUAUUAAUAAUUAGAUAACCAAUGUGUACUAAAUAUUGACUCGUAAAGGAGGAGUUACCUGUUGUACAGGAUAUUCUUGUUGCUCAGUUUUAGGUACUUUUAAAACCACUCCCUAUCUUCCAAACUUAAC